GCAAUUGUUGAUGCUGGUGUUGUUGUUGUUGCUGUAAGCGGCAGCCAGCACACGCUGCUCCUAAAUAAUUUUGUAAAUAAAUUGUAUUAUCAAAAAUUCGAGUAUGAUGUGCAAACGAUUUUACAAAAUUCAAAAAUAAAAAACAACUUUCUUGGCCCCCAAUCCUAACAAUAUGGAAUCCCAAGACUAAUUGCGUUUGAGGAGACCAUGCUAAAUUUCAGACUUCAAGCAAUUUGCUGUUGACAACAAUUUGUAUAUAACGGUAUAAAUAAAGGAAAAAGGAAAAGAAAAAUAUGCAACUCCCGCGUCGAAAACUGCGCAUACUGCUCACCCUCGGUAAAUAUACCAUAUAUCGUCAUGCGACAACCGGCGCUGGAUCUGGGGCUAGUGUUGGCACUGGCCGGACUGUAGCGCUGCAAAAGAUGCGUGAAUGGCAUCGCAAUGCGUUCAGCAAUAAGUUUUUGCUUUUCACCAAUGUGGGCAUCUCGUUAACGCUCAGCUCCUUAGGCGAUGUACUCGAACAGCAGCUGGAGCUGUACAACAAAGAGAUUGAGGAAUACAGCAGCAUACGUACUCGUCACAUGGCAACCAGCGGCGUGGCCGUUGGCAUCAUUUGCCACUAUUGGUAUCAGCUGCUGGACAAGUAUCUUCCGGGCCGAAGUAUGCGUGUGGUGGCCAAAAAGAUUGUGUUGGAUCAAUUGAUAUGCUCACCAUUGUACAUCUCAGCGUUCUUUGUGACACUUGGCAUACUGGAAAAGAAGGAGGCGCACGAGGUGUGGGAGGAGAUCAAGGAGAAGGCCUGGAAGCUGUAUGCAGCUGAAUGGACCGUUUGGCCGGUGGCACAAUUUGUUAACUUCUACUGGAUACCCACACAUUAUCGCAUUUUCUACGAUAAUGUCAUUAGUCUUGGCUAUGAUGUAUUCACAUCAAAGGUGAAACAUUCGCCUUCCACACAUAUGCCAUCACCAGCCGCCCCGUCUGUGAAAAUGUUGAAGACGCAACAGGCUUAACUUAGUUAAUACUUUAGUUUAUUGCCUUUUAUGCCUCUAUUUCUCUAUCUUAUUCUUUAAUAAAUUCAGAUAUGUAUAUAUUGUA